CAAUAUCAUAACCCCUCAUUUCAUUAUCCUCCUCCAACAUUGAAGCCAACCUCUGUGAAACAAGAGUUUGGUUUUCUGAUAUGGAAUCUGUACCAAAUGUUCAAGAACUGGUAAGGAAUGAUCCUCUGCAGGUCCCUGAAAGUUUCCUUAUCGGGAAUGAGGAAGAAGAAGACAAGCUACAGAGCACUGCCGACAAAUAUAAUCCUUCUUCUGAGAUCCCAAUCAUUGAUCUUUCUCUCCUCUCGAGAGGAAGUGAGGAGGAGCUUCACAAACUGGACAAGGCUUGUGAAGAAUGGGGGUUCUUUCAGGUGAUAAAUCAUGGAGUGGCAACAGAAGUGUUGCAGGAAAUGAAGGAUGCUACGGCCAAGUUCUUUGAACUUCCGUUGGAAGAGAAGAACAAAAUUCGUAUGCCACCAGAUAACUUUCAAGGCUACGGGCGAGCCUAUGCGGUUACACAAGGGCAGACACUGGACUGGUCCGAUGCACUGUUUCUCAGUAUUUAUCCAACACAGUACAGAAGGCCUAACUUAUGGCCAACCGCACCAGAGGGAUUCAAGGAAACUAUUGAGGCAUAUUCAAGCGGAGUCAAAAGAAUUAGAGAUGAGCUCCUAAGGUGUCUAUCUUCAACUCUGGGGAUGGAAAAGGAUGCUCUUCUUAAUCUUCAUCAAGAAGUGAUCCAAGUUUUGCGCGCAAACUACUACCCUCCAUGCAAAAUGCCUGAUAAAGUACUAGGUCUUUCUCCGCACUCGGACACAAGCACCAUAACCAUUCUCAUGCAAGAAGACAAUGUAACCGGAUUACAAAUUCGAAAAGAAGGUGAAUGGGUGCCCGUGAAGCCAAUUCCAAACGCUUUCGUUGUUAAUGUUGGAGAUGUUAUGGAGAUAUGGAGUAAUGGGAAGUACAGGAGCAUUGAACAUAGAGCUGUGACAACCGAAAGCAAGUCGAGGAUAUCUUAUGCAUCAUUCAUUUUGCCACACGCAGAGGUGGAAGUUGAACCUUUUGGUCAUAUAGUGGAGUUAUCUGGGUCCCAGAAGUACAAGAAGGUCAAGUACGGAGAUUAUCUGGGUAGUUCCUUGAAGAAGGGGAAACUUAAGGGGAAAUCACACAUUGAAACGGCGAAGAUUGGAAGUUGAACAGAAGAAAAAAAAAAUUAAUCAAAUAAAUGCAGUUGAUAAUAUGAAAGGCAUUUUCUAAAACCAUAUAUUUCCAAAAUGGGUUUGGCUAUCUUUUCAAUUCAUUGAAAUUGAAUAAGUACUGAACAAUUGAUUGGCUUCCCAUUAUUAUUUUAGUGAGAUAUUGUUAUUUUCGUAUUAUACGUGAUGUUGAUUUUGAUUUCUCUGUUGCUGUAAGAAAUUCUAUAUAUAUCCUCUUUUAUUUGGAUAUGAAAUAUAUUAAUUAAA